AGCUGCUGAACCAUCCUUGCCUUAUCAUGUCCGACCUCCAACGCCGCACCGCGUAGGAUUGUCAUUUUCCUUCAGUGAACGCCGGGGCGCCACGGCAAACACCCCCGCCGGUUGCGCCACGCGAGCGGUCUCUCGCCUGGCUCGAUAGCUCGGCGCUGCUCCUGAAUCAUCUCCGGCCUCUCUGCACUCCACAGCAAUGGCGGAAACUCCUCUGCUGCAUCACUCCACGGAUCCGUUCGCAGACGGCGAGCACAAUGGGCACGACCCUGCCGCGCCCUCGUCGGACGUCGCAACAUGCGGCGCGGACGGCGGCAUCCCCGUCGUCGAUUUCGACGUCCUCGUCAACGGCUCCGCCGAUCGAAGGGCGCGGGCGAUCCGGGACCUCGGCCGGGCGUGCGAGGACUGGGGCUUCUUCAUGGUGGUCAACCACGGGGUGCCCGAGGAGCUCAAGGAGGCAACAAUGGAGGCAUGCAGGGAGCUGUUCAGCUUACCGGAGGAGGAGAAGGCGGGGUACCUGGAGGCCGGGCCGAUGGAUCCUGUACGAAUCGGGACGGGCUUCUUCUCCGUCGUCGACGGCGUCAGGUACUGGAGGGACUACCUGAAGAUGUUCGUGCACCCUGAGCUCCACUGCCCUGCAAAGCCACCAAAAUUAAGGGACGUUGCUGCCGAGUACUCGGCGAAGACGAGAGGCCUGCUGCUGGUGCUCGCCAAGGCAAUCUCCGAGAGCUUGGGCCUCGACGGCGGUCGAAUUCCGGAGGCCAUGGACCUCGAGUCGUGCUUCCAGAUCCUCGUCGCCAACCACUACCCGCCGUGCUCCGGUCCGCCGGGCGACGCGGGCCUGGGGAUGCCCGCGCACUCCGACCACGGCUUCCUCACCCUGCUCUUCCAGAACGGCGUCGACGGGCUCCAGGUCGAGCGCGACGGGCGGUGGGGCCUCGCCAAGCCCCUCCCCGGCGCGUUCUUCGUCAUCGCCGGCGACCAGCUGGAGAUCGUGAGCAACGGGAGAUACAAGGGCGCGCUCCACCGCGCGGUGGUCGGCGGCGAGCGCGCGAGGAUGUCCGUGGUGAGCAUGAUCUCGCCGUGCCUGGACACCGUGGUCGAGCCGGUCCCGGAGCUGGUGCCCGACGGCCGGGGCCUCGAGUUCCGGGGCGUCAGGUACCGAGACUACAUGGAGCAUCAGCAGAGCAACAAGCUCGACGGGAAAGGAGCGCUGGACAUCGCCAGAGUGAAGCGUGACAUCGCAGCGCAGCCUGAGAACUGAGAUCGAAUGCUCUGCUAAAUCCUAAGACUGCAUCUGCAGAUCUUGAUGCUUAAAACCGUAUCCCUGUGACAUGUUUGACAAAAUUCAGAAAAAAAUGAAAGUGGAGUCUGUUUUUUUUUGAAAGGAAUGGGAGGCGGCGGUGUAGAUGUUGGUAUGGAUUUCUCUCUGUAGUACUGUAGUAGCGCUUGAUUAGUGAGGGGCACCACUCACUACGCAAAAUAACUGGAGACCGAGCACCGGCAUUUGUUUU